UCUGGAUUAUUGGACGUCAUGGAUGAUUCCACCUUGUCCAAGACACACAAAACAACCAGAAGGUUGCCCCGCCCCGUCUCACCCAUCGCCAACCUGGCGAGUAAUUGGUCUGUGACUAAGGCCACCAAGAGGAAGGCCACCACUGAAGAUGAGCCCCCACUGAAGAGGCAGAGGGAUGGAAAAGGCACUGAUGCCAACACCAACCCUGGUCCAUCAACCCUGGAGUCAGUGAUCGAGGACAAAAGCUCCAGUGACGAGAGCACGGUGUUAUCAGGCCACACCAGCAGAGAGAUGGUUGGCCGCCCCAUCUCACCCAUCGCCAUCUUGGCGAGUAAUUGGUCUGUGACUAAGGCCACCAAGAGGAAGGCCACCACUGGAAAUGAGCCCCCACUGAAGAGGCAGAGGGGUGGAAAGGGCACUGAUGCCAACACCAACCCUGGUCCAUCAACCCUGGAGUCAGUGAUCGAGGACAAAAGCUCUAGUGACGAGAGCACGGUGUUGUCAGGCCACACCAGCAUAGUUGGGAGCUGA